GUUCUGGCAGCCAUUAUGAUAUCUUCUGCAACACCUUCCCUUCAAUCCAACCAACGAAGCUGAUCUGGAACGACGAGAGAAUUUCUCUGCAGAAGGGCCAGCAGCGCGCUGCGCGGCUGAAAGGGGAGGGAAUACUUGGGGAAGAUUGUGUCCGAUAUUUGUGCUGAGCGUUGAUAUUGGACUGCGGAUAAAGCAAACAUGUCUCAGACCAACUGGGAAGCGGACAAAAUGUUGGAUGUGUAUAUUCAUGAUUACUUAGUGAAGAGAGAUUUGAAGGCCACUGCUCAGGCAUUUCAAGCCGAAGGAAAAGUGUCAUCUGAUCCUGUUGCAAUUGAUGCCCCCGGCGGUUUUCUGUUUGAGUGGUGGUCUGUAUUUUGGGAUAUAUUUAUUGCUAGGACGAAUGAGAAGCACUCUGAAGUCGCCGCAUCUUAUAUUGAGUCUCAGUUAAUGAAAGCAAGGGAUCAACAUCAACAUCCACAUCAGCAGCAGCAACAGCAGCAUCCACCGCCUCAAUCACAACAGUCCCAGCAACAGCAACUUCAGAUGCAUCAACUUUUACUGCAGAGGCAGGCUCAACAACAACAACAGCAACAACAGCAGCAACAACAACAACAACAACAACAACAACAACAACAACAGCAACAGCAACAACAACGGCAGCAGGCGCAUCAGCAACAGCAGCAGCAGCAGCAGCGGCGUGAGGGUGGUCACAUUAUGAAUGGUGCAGCUAAUGGUGUUGCUGGUAGUGAUUCACUUACGAGACAAAAUCCUGGUACUGCCAAUGCAAUGGCCACAAAGAUGUACGAGGAGAAGUUAAAGCUCCCUGUUCAAAGGGAUUCGUUGGAUGAUGCGGCUUUGAAGCAAAGAUUCGGUGAUAAUGUCGGCCAGCUAAUGGAUCCAAAUCAUGCUUCUAUCUUGAAAUCUGCUGCAGCUGCCGCUAGCCAAGCGUCUGGGCAAGUUCUUCACGGUACUGCUGGUGGAAUCACUCCGCAAGCUCAAGCAAGAAACCAGCAAUUUUCAGGCUCCGCACCUGACAUCAAACAAGAGAUAAACCCUAUCCUGAAUCCAAGAGCUCCAGGUCCAGAUGGGUCGCUGAUUGGAAUCCCUGGGUCUAAUCAGGGAGGCAACAAUUUGAUGCUGAAGGGAUGGCCCCUAACAGGUCUUGAACAGCUUCGCUCGGGGCUUCUUCAGCAGCCAAAAUCAUUUAUGCAAGGUCCUCAGCCGUUUCAUCAACUGCAGAUGCUAACACCCCAGCACCAACAGCAGAUUAUGCUUGCACAGCAAAGUUUGACUUCAGGUUCUGCCAAUGAUGUGGAUAGCAGACGGCUUAGAAUGCUUUUCAACAAUCGAAGUUUGUCCAUGGGGAAAGAUGGGCUAUCUAAUUCAGUUGGAGAUCUAGUUUCUAAUCUCGGAUCCCCAUUGCAAGCUGGUUGUGCAGUUCUGCCGCGCGCAGACCCAGAGAUGCUGAUGAAGUUGAAACUUGCCCAUAUGCAGCAGCAACAACAGCAGCAGAACAAUCAAACACAGUCGCAGCAACUUCAACAGCACAAUCUCUCUGGGCAGCAACCUCAGAUUUCGAUGCACAAUCUUCAGCAAGAUAAAAUCAUGGGCACUGGGAGUGUCACUGGCGACGGCAGCGUCUCGAAUUCCUUCAGAGGAAAUGAUCAGGCUUCUAAAAGCCAGGCUGGGAGAAAGAGAAAGCAGCCUGUAUCUUCUUCCGGUCCUGCCAACAGCUCGGGAACAGCGAACACAGCCGGCCCAUCUCCAAGUUCAGCUCCCUCAACUCCUUCAACUCAUACGCCUGGAGAUGUUAUGUCCAUGCCUGGUUUGCCGCACACUGGGAAUUCCUCAAAGCUGAUGAUGUUCGGAGCCGAUAGUGCUGGCACUCUAACAUCCCCGUCAAAUCAGUUGUGGGAUGACAAAGAUCUCGUUCAACCUGAUAUGGAUCGCUUUGUGGAUGACGUCGAGGAUAAUGUCGAUUCUUUUCUGUCACAUGAGGAUGGUGACCCCCGAGAUGUAGUUAGUCGGAUGGAUGUUACCAAAGGGUUUACAUUUACAGACAUCAGUUCUGUUUGUGCGAGUUCGAGUAAAGUGUCGUGCUGCGACUUCUCAUCAGACGGGAAGCUCCUUGCGAGCGGCAGUCACGAUAAAAAAGUGGUUUUGUGGUGCACCGACACGUUGAAACCGAAGAUGACGCUCGAGGAACACUCGUUGAUUAUUACAGAUGUUCGUUUUAGUCCAAGCACGGCUCGCCUAGCUACGUCAUCCUUCGACAAAACCGUCCGAGUCUGGGAGAAGGAUACCCCCGGCUAUCCCCUUCGGACUUUUACUGGCCAUUCCGCCGGCGUAACAUCGGUCGACUUCCAUCCCAACAAAGAGGACCUCAUUUGCUCGUGCGACGGCGACGGCGAGAUACGAUAUUGGAGCAUCAACAAUGGAAGCUGCACAAGGGUUUUCAAGGGCGGGAUGACGCAAGUGAGGUUCCAACCCCGACUCGGAAGAUAUCUCGCCGCGGCUGCCGAGAAUGUCGUCUCCAUAUUGGAUUCGGAGACCCAGAUGUGUCGGCACUCGCUAAAGGGUCACACCAAACCCAUCACGUCGGUGUGCUGGGAUGCGUUGGGAGAGCUGCUGGUAUCCGUAAGCGAGGACUCGGUCAGAGUUUGGACGUUCCGGGCGGGCGGCAGUGAAGGGGAGUGUGUCCACGAGCUCAGCCGUAACGGCGUCAAAUUCCAUUCGUGUGUUUUUCACCCGAAGUAUUCGUCGCUGCUCGUGAUUGGGUGUUACCAGACGAUCCAUCUGUGGAACAUGGUGGAGAACAAGACGGUGGCGUUGCCGGCGCACGAGAGGCUGGUGGCGGCGCUGGCGGUGUCGCCGGCGACUGGGCUUGUGGCCUCUGCUAGCCAUGAUAAGUUUGUUAAGAUUUGGAAAUGAAAAUGAAAAUGAAAUGAAAAUGGUGUAUUUUGUAGUCGAUUGACCUUUUUCGGCAUCAACAAAAUGUUGCGAUAUGCUUUGAUC